AGUCAGCAAAGACGGCAAUUGAGGCUCAAUCGUGGACAGCGUCGCGAGGAAACUGUGGUUUUGGAAAUUCCUAAGAAGCCGCGUUCUUGUGUGAAAGAUCCCAAUAUACAAGUUGGACAGCCAUCCUUUUAAUUGUAUUAUUACUUAACGGAACUCUCAUCAAUUUUGGCCUUCUCACAUUUCGUCUUCUACCGCCACUUUAAACCCAGCUUGUGAAAACCCAGAAUCAGUUUGACCCAUCUUCUCAAUCUCGCUUCUUCUCUUCAAGAUCCCGUUUUUAUUCCCUUACGAUGAUUCAUUGUUCAUUUGUUUUUUUUUCUAUAGUAGAACCAGUUUGCAGUUGAUCAUCUGUUAACUAUUGGGUUGACUUGCGUUCUGAGUUUUUCCUCUCAAUUUGUAUUUUAGAUUUGAUCUAUUGCUAUUGUUGUCAAUUCUAGUUCAUUUAUUUACUUGAAUGUCGUGUCCUGGACGUGUUUCUCAUUGGUUGACUUUUUCCGGCUCUUGUGUUUGAUCAAUUUAGAGUUGGAUUUAAUUGGUUUGACCUGAGAAUGCUAUUGCUCUAUUGAUCAAAAGAUUUGAUCAUCAUUUAAAUUCUAUCAAGUUAUAAUAAGGGGAUAAGUAAGUUUUGUUGUUUACAAUGGGGAACAAUUGUGUUGGACCAAGCAUUUCAAGGCGAGGCUUUUUCCAGUCGGUUUCAGACGCAGUUUGGAGAAGCCGGAUCCCUGAUGAUGCUGUUCCCAACACCAACGAGGAAGGUGCGCAAGAAAAAGUGAAUUCCAUGAAAGAAUCUGAUUCGCCCACACCAGUUCAAAAACCACCUGAGCAGAUGACAAUGCCAAAAGAAGAACCAAAACAAGAGCAACCUUCAAAUCCCAAGAAGCCUCCACAGAUAAUGAAGAGGGUGGGUAGUGCAGGUCUUAAGACUGAUUCAGUAUUGCUAAAGAAAACCGGCAAUCUGAAGGAAUUCUACAAAAUUGGGAAGAAGCUCGGGCAGGGUCAAUUUGGGACAACUUUCCUUUGUGUGGAGAAGGCCACAGGAAAAGAAUAUGCCUGCAAGUCUAUUGCCAAGAGAAAAUUGUUGACUGACGAGGAUGUGGAGGAUGUGAGGAGAGAAAUUCAAAUAAUGCAUCAUUUAUCAGGAAAUCCCAAUGUGAUAGCGAUCAAAGGAGCAUAUGAGGAUGCUGUGGCUGUUCAUCUCGUUAUGGAGAUAUGUGCUGGAGGUGAGCUUUUUGAUAGGAUUAUAAAACGAGGGCAUUACACAGAAAGAAAGGCUGCCGAACUUACUAGAACUAUAGUUGGAGUUGUGGAAGCUUGUCAUUCUCUUGGGGUUAUGCAUCGAGAUCUUAAACCUGAAAAUUUCUUGUUUGUCGAUCAGAAAGAAGACUCGCUUCUCAAAACAAUCGACUUUGGUUUGUCGAUUUUCUUUAAGCCAGGCGAAGUAUUUAGUGAUGUUGUUGGAAGUCCCUACUAUGUUGCUCCUGAGGUAUUGAGAAAGCGUUAUGGUUCUAAAUCAGAUGUUUGGAGUGCUGGAGUUAUAGUUUACAUCUUAUUAAGUGGUGUGCCGCCUUUUUGGGCUGAAAAUGAGCAAGGAAUAUUCGAUGAGGUCCUGCAUGGGGAUCUCGACUUCUCAACAGAUCCUUGGCCAAGUAUUUCUGAAGAUGCCAAAGAUUUAGUGAAGAAAAUGCUUGUCCGAGAUCCAAAACGUCGUCUAACUGCACAUGAAGUUUUAUGCCACCCAUGGGUUCAAAUCGAUGGUGUGGCUCCUGACAAGCCUCUUGAUUCGGCUGUUUUAAGUCGCUUGAAACAAUUUUCCGCAUUGAACAAGCUCAAGAAGAUGGCCCUUAGAGUGAUUGCAGAGAACCUAUCUGAAGAUGAGAUUGCUGGUCUGAAAGAAAUGUUCAAAAUGAUAGACACAGACAACAGUGGCCAAAUCACCUUUGAAGAGCUUAAAGCUGGGAUGAAAAGAGUUGGUGCCAACCUUAAGGAGUCCGAAAUUUAUGAUCUAAUGCAAGCUGCUGAUGUUGAUAACAGUGGAACAAUUGACUAUGGGGAGUUCAUUGCUGCAACAUUGCACUUGACCAAGAUAGAAAAGGAAGAUAACCUUUUUGCAGCUUUCAAUUAUUUUGACAAGGAUGGAAGCGGUUAUAUCACAGCAGAUGAGCUACAACAAGCCUGUGAGGAGUUCGGUGUAACAGAUGUCCGAUUGGAAGAAAUGAUCCAAGAUGUCGAUCAGGACAAUGACGGACGCAUUGAUUACAAUGAGUUUGUUGCCAUGAUGCAAAAGGGAAACCCGGUUGGUGGUGGAAAGAAAGGACUGGAGAACAGCUUCAGCAUUGCGUUCAGAGAUGCAUUAAAACUAUAACAUUGAGGGGGAAGUGUGGAAACGUUCUGGUGAUGUUGAAGGCUAUGCAGGGCAACCAAGUUGAUGCAUGGUUAAAGACGGCCAUAGCCAUGGAUGAAAUCUUAUUGUUAAAGUAUAUAACCACGGAUUUAACUAGAUUAGGGCUCUUAUUUCUCUCAAAAAUUUUCAUGGUUCUUUUUGUUGGUCUAUAUAUUCAGGUUUAUCUUACUAUUUCUAUUGGAACUUUUGUUUGAGCGAGUUGGGUGAUUACAUAUGAACAUAUACUCAAAUUUUAUGUUUGGGUUUGAGAAGCCCUUAUUAUUGUAAAAGUAUACAUUUUAUUUGGUGAUAAAUUGUGGCUUUUGUUAUA